UGCAGGUUUUCUGUGCAUACGUGCGCGCGCGGACUGAAAUUCUCAAGUCUGUUUUCAUCAUCAUCACCAUCACCAUCAUCUUCUCGCCAUUCUGAUCAAUUCCUUGCUUUACUUUCUUGAAGAGGAAAGUGAUAUUGGGUUAUGAUGGUUGAGACAUAUUACAGAAAACGCUUCAAAAGAGCCCAUAAAGCCAUUGAUACAACCACUGAUAUGAAUCAGUGCUCCCCAAAAGUGGCAGGGAAAAGCUGCAACACAUCCCCAAAACCUACCAUUUUAGACCGGCACAAAGAGCCAUCUCCAUUGCUGUCUGAGCAGCAUAGCUUCAUUGCUCAAGAUGAGGAAGAAAAAAGUGUAUCCAAGAUGCAAAAUCAUAUUAAAGUGGGGAAUGUUUACGAGCUAGAUCAUAGUCAUUUGCCCCGAAGAAGCCCAGCUCACCUUAAUUCCAUUCGAGUUGUUGUUGUGUCAGAGAAGACGGACAUAACUGUAAUAGUGAAGUUCCCUAGUGUUGCUUCAUUAAAAGCAUUUUUCAGCAAUAGAACAGAGGAUCAAACACAACCAAUUAUGGAUGAAAAUUAUGAGAUGGGAACUUGGGUGGCUGCAAAAUUGCUUGCUCGAUUAGUUCCCGAUGAGAUUUUAAACCAGCAGAAGAGUAGAGAAGCAUUCUGGCUGAUGAGUUCUUUAGCCAAUCUUAAGGAUAAUGCUGAUGUUGGUGCACAUAACAAAGGGGUUUGUUUGUCUGAGCUACUUGGUUGUAAAAGGAUGGUAAGGUGGGGAAUUCAGAGGCAAGCAAUAUAUAUAAUCAAGGAAUUCCAGAGUGAAAUUGACGACGAUGAUCAUCAUCAUAAAUCCUUAGCUUCGAGCUUUGUAAAACAGGAAGAUGAUAUGAAGGGUAGUCACAAUGAUGAAGAACAAGAAGAUUAUAAAAUUCUAGAACAGGACAAGAUCAAGAAAGGGAAGAGGGCUGCUGUUAGAAACAUAGAUCAUUUAAGGAAAUCAAAGAAAGAAAAGCUUGAUCAGAAGAACGAGCCAGAGCCAGAGCCAAAGAAGAAGAAGAAGAAGAAGAAUCAAGGUAUCAGAUUCAAGGGAUCAUUUGUUCUAAGAAAUCCUAAAGAUCGGUGGCCGGCUGAAAGGUACAAACUUGCAGAGGAGAGUCUUCUUGAGGUAAUGAAGCAGAAAGGUGCGACUUCAGAGAAGCCUAUUCUGCGGCCAUUGCUGCGGAAAGAAGCGCGGAAGAGAAUAGGCGAUACAGGCCUGCUCGAUCACCUCCUUAAGCACACGGCUGGGAGGGUUACUCCUGGUGGGAAAGAAAGGUUCAGAAGGUGGCACAAUGCCGAUGGAGCAAUGGAGUAUUGGUUAGAGAGCGCCGAUCUUGCAAACAUCCGGAACAAUGUUGGGGUGAAUGAUCCAUUCUGGGUGCCGCCUCCCGGUUGGAGCCCUGGUGCUUCCCCAACUCAGGAUUCAGUAUGUGCUAGGGAGUUGAAGGUUCUAAAAGAAGAAAUUUCGAAAGUAAAAAGAGAUGUCGAGGAGAUGACAAAGAAGAUGCAUUUGGAGGAAGAAGUGGAGAAGUUAAGGAGAGAAUUGGAAGAACUUACUUCUACGACGAAUAUGGAAACAGAGAUAACGGUAGCAACACCAUGUCGGACUCGGGAUCAGCUUGAACAAUUGAAGAAAGCUUUUGAGAUUGUCGACGUAUUGGAGAAAAGAAUUGAUUUACUGACAUCCGACGUGGGAGGAAGAACAACCUCAGACGCCAUAGCUGGUGAGGAGGAGGUAAGAUGCAAGAAAGAAGCAUCAGCAAAUACACAAAGGUUGCAGAGUGGGUUCAGAAUCUGCAGACCAGAAGGAACUUUCCUUUGGCCAGACAUGGCCAAGAACUGCACCACUAACUCCAUUAAUUCCGACAGGAUCAGUUCCCCCAUCGCCUCCCCAAUCAAACCCUUGGGCAAGAGGCGUGCUGUUACAGUGACAGUUGGAUCUGCCUACCCCUGCCCCUGCCCCUGAACCUGAAGAAUGGAAUCAUGGUUAGCUCUCCAUCUCACUCUAAUUGGCUGCUUGAACUGAAAAGUUAAACUAUCCAGACAUCAUAAUUUUUUGUCUUAGGAUUGAUUCAUUACAUUCUUGAUGUCUGUCUGCCUAAUCAAGAUUUACAGUGAAAUGUGUCUACGUUUUGCUUGGCUUUGCUUUUGAAGGUUUUGGUUUUAACCCCAGCUUCAGCA